AAGAAAUGCAGCUGAAACUGACCAAAAAUUAGGAACAUGGCUCAUUUUGAAAUCGGCAGAGACAAUAUACAUUCUUUAGAUGAAAUCAUACAUUUCAUUCAUUCUUUUCUACAACACUGUUUUCUUUUCAUUGACACCUGAUGAUACAUGUUGCCUCUUUCUCCCAAUCUCUCUCUUCACCUGCGCUUCAGCCACUCCCCCAUUCAUUUAAAGGUUUCUGCAUAACCAGUUUAGCCUCCCUCCCUGUUUACUCUAUAAAACAUGCAGUGGUGGCAUUUUAAACUCACUUUUCUUGUCUCGCAUACGCACGCGUUUCCUCUUCUGAGAUCUCAUCCAGAUUUCUUUGGGGAUUGAGCCAUGUCGUUCGACCAGGACAUCUGUUACCUCUGCAAGGAGGAUCUCAGGGAACCUGUUUCUAUCCCAUGUGGUCACAUAUUCUGCUCGGUCUGCAUCAAGACCUACUGGGAUCAUGCAGACCACACCGGACAAUACCUGUGUCCACAGUGCAGGGUGACUUACAACAAGAGGCCGAGCCCACGCAAGCUUCAGUCCUCUCGGCAUUCGUCUUCGACCCUGAGAAACUCAAGAAAUUCCCAACAAGAAACGGACUUCCCGCCGGCACCUCCAACACCUGACUACAACUACGCAGGACCUCAGGAUGUGGGAUGUGAUAUCUGUAUCGGAAAGAAGCUCAAAGCUGUCAAGUCUUGUUUGAUGUGUCUGGCUUCUUACUGUGAGAAGCAUCUGAAGCCUCAUUUCGAAUCAGCCACCUUUAAACGUCACAAGCUGGUGGAUGAGAUCGGACACCUGGACCGUCAGAUAUGCCCUCAGCACCAGAAAGGCCUGGAGCUCUAUUGUCGGACGGAUCAGAUGUGUGUCUGCGUGCUGUGUACAGUGAAGGAGCACAAGGGUCAUGACAUGGUGUCGGCCGAACAGGAAAGAGCAGAAAUGCAGCAACGGUUGGGCGCCACCCAGGCUGAAAUCCAGGAGAGGAUCCACGACCGAGUGAAACAAAUGGAUGAGUUAAAACAUGCUGUUGAAGCACUUAAGAGUUCAGCACAGCAGGCCUUACAGGAGAGCGAAAAGCUAUUUGGUGACAUGCUUCGUUCCAUUGAAAGAAUGCAACAGGAAAUGAGCAAACUCAUCUCGAGCAAUAAGAAGGCAGCACUUAACACAGCCGAGGGUCACAUGGAGCGUCUGGGUCAUGAAAUUGCUGACCUGAAGAGGAGAGACAACGAGCUGACACAACUCUCUCGUACCGAGGACCACAUCCACUUCAUCCAGAGUUACCACAUGCUGAUCGCCCAGACUGAGGCUGAGGAGCUUCCCUCUGUUACUGUGAACCCCUACUUCUCCUUUGGUGCUGUCACGAAGACCGUAUCUGAGAUGAAACAACAUCUAAAUGAGUUCAGCAAUGAAGAGCUGGUCAAAGUAGCAAAAACAGUUAACAAAAUGCCAUUCUGCCAGCUGGAGGACCACAAGAAGAAAAAGAGUGUGAAGUCUGAUGAUGUUGACAUGCACAAGAGCUCCAACCUUGCAAGGGAGCCUCGAACAAGAGACGAGUUCCUCCAAACAAGAGACCCUCGAACAAGAGACGAUUUCCUACAGUAUGCCUGCCAGCUAACUCUGGACUCCAACACAGCAUACAAACAGCUCUACAUUUCCCGUGGCAACAGAAAAGCAGCGCUUAAGAGAGAACCACAGCCGUACAAUGACAGCAGCCAGAGAUUUGACUGUUUACCCCAGGUCCUGUGUCAAGAGGCUCUUUCGGGAGGUUGCUACUACUGGGAGGUGGAGUGGAGCGGAGAGGGAGCUUCCAUUGGUGUCACUUAUAAAGGCAUUAAGAGGACAGGUUAUGGGGACACGGCUCGUAUUGGCUACAACCGCAAGUCCUGGAGUCUCUUCUGCUCUGACUCGAGCUAUUCUGCCCGACACAACAAAGAUCAGCUUGAGAUUACAGCACCCUACUCGUCCCGUAUUGGGGUGUUUCUAGACUGUGCAGGAGGCACUCUGUCCUUUUACAAUGUGUCUGAGUCCAUGUCUCUUAUUCAUCAGUUUAAAGCUACUUUUAGUGAGCCAGUCUAUCCUGGCUUCUGGGUGUGGUAUGAGUCUGCUAUAUCUAUUUGUCAGCAGUAGAUAUUAAAGUGCACAGGGGGCAUAAGGGAUGUUUUUCUUUUUUUAUUAAUAUAAUAUUUUUAAGUAUAUUCUUAUGGUUCUGAUCACUGUUGCUUUUGUAUUUUAAUCGAUGAUAUAUCAUAUAAAAUGACAUAAAUAAUAUAUUCAAAUGUGAAUCAUUUUAUUUUGUUUUCAUUUGUGUGAUUGUAUUUUAGUGAUUGUGAAGGUUUCAUUUGCUGUAUAUUGUAAGAUUUUGUCUAAUUAUGUGUGCAUUACUGGCAACAAAAUAAAAGUCUGUUUUAAAAGAUGUAUUGUUCGUAAAAUGUUUACUUGAAGCAUCUACGAAAAUGUUUUGUGAUGGUGCACAGAUUAUAAAGAUGCUGAUACCUACACUUCAGAAUGCACAGAAUGUAUGAAAAGUUUGGUUCCAAAAUGAGAUAAGUCCGUUUUAAAAAAAAAUCUAAAAUCUUGUUUUUUUAUUGUGCAUUCCAAUUAAUAUC